GUUAAAGAUAGCCACAGGACAUGGUGGAUCUAUGUUUUUAUUUAAAGGAAAAGAAAUAGCAACCAUGCUUACAGGGGGAAAUAACAACUUGAAAAUGAAAGACAAAUAAAUAAAUAAAAUUAAAUUAAAAAUAAUAAUGAUGAAAUGAAUAAUUUAAGAAUGAUAAUAAUAGAUUGUAAUAAAACAAUCCCAAGAAUCCCGAAACCAUAUUGAACAAUCAGUAAAAUAUACGUCACGGGGAUUUUUGCUUUUACUUAUAUUGUGACGUCAUAAAAGAAUUACGUCACCUCCUUAGAUUCGGUUGUUAUUUUUUUUCCCCACGGCGAUGGGUGAGUUCUGUUAGGGAGGUCUACAUUUUUAUGUUUUCUUUAUAAUAUAUUUUUUUUUUAAGAAUUCGUAGCUAUUAGGUUAAUACAACAUGGGAAACGAGCAUGAAUUAGAGAAAAUUGUUGGAGCGGAAGUAAUUGGUUUUUUAAAGUGCAACAUUUGCUGGGAUAUUUUUACGGAACCCACCAUUUUACCUUGUGGACACACGUUCUGUAUGGGAUGUCUGAAUGAGAUAGGUCGGCACCGGUCAAAAAAUACUAAAAUAACAGCUAUUUGUGACAUCACAAUACUCUGCCCUAACUGUCGUCAUAGUGUUCUCCUGGAUGACGUCAACAAACUUAAAAAUGGUGUUCGAUUAAACUACGCAUUGAGUUCAAUAAAGGAAACACUGACAACUUUUCAAUCUGCGCCAAAGGUGGACGCUGCUACCAAUACUGAAACAAACGCAGUGAUGGAUGAAAAGCUGAAAAACAUAGAACAAAAUAUGAACGCCGCCUUCCAUCAACUGAAGAAAAGGGGCAACGUUAUUCACAGCGCUUAUUCUGAGAUCGCUAAAAUCAGGGAGAGGAAGGAUUUGGUGUCCGAUAGACAUCAACGAAACAACCGCUCACCGAACCCAACUCGUAAAUCUGAUGAGGGAUUUGACAUUCUGAAGAGCAAACUUAAUGCCAAUCAGCCCGAAUUUGUUCCACGUAGUCAUGCCAACUUGAAACAAUAUCAGAGAACGAGAGGAUAUCAGUUUUAUGAGCAAAGUCACUGGCGCCCUUCGCCCGGUAUGGUCAACCAAUAUCGUCACGGCCUUCCCGUGGACCCCGCCAUCGUUUCCAUUUAUGGCCCACCAAGAUAGAAACAGCAAAUAAUAAUUUGAGAUUCAGUGCUUUAUUUCAAAGCAAUGACCUUACUAUUUUUUGUACGACGCCAAUAGUUUUUGUACAUCUGGGUUUUUCCAGAAACAUUUGAUAUUUUAUAAAACUUUUAUGUAGUUUAUAUACUAUGUUUUGAUAAAAGAGUUUUGUUUUAAUAAAAAACGUAUUUUCAUACAUAA